ACCUCUUUGCGACCAUCACUUCCUUUUCAAAAUGGCAAAAGUAGCCAGCAACAGCUUCCAAUUGGCAGUGUUGAAUGUACUAGCUUGGAUCACGUUCCUCGUUGUGGAAGGAUUCCGUACAUUCAUUGAACCUUUGCUAUGUCAUUUACGCAUUCUAACGCCUGGCUUUGGCGAUGCAACGUAUGGAAGGGCAUCAUUACCCCUAUCAGAAGCGGAGAGGAAGCUCAUCUAUGAAAACCCAGAAGUGACUGCAGUAACGAGAAAGAUUGCAAUGAGAAGUGAUGCGAUGCGUAAAGGUGGAAGUUGGGAUAGACCAGGAAUCAAUUUUGUAUCCUAUUCUACUUGGCAAGUGGAUACGGCAAUGGAAAGUGAAAAGCUUGAUGCGGAUAUUGUGCUACUACAUGGAAUAAAUAAUUACGCUGGAAGACAAGCUGAAAUGGGUCUGUACCUCUGCAAGCAAGGCUUCCGUGUGAUCGCAAUCGAUUUGCCUUCCUUUGGACGUUCCACAGGUCUACAUUGCUAUAUACCCUCAUUGCGUAUCUUGGUGGAAGCAGUUCAUGAUGUCCUGAUUGAUAUCAUGAAGAACGAUCCUCCCUCAAUGUCAGGACGGAAAGUGUUCUUGCAGGGUGAGUCAAUGGGCGGCUUUACUGCUCUAUACUAUGCAGCCUUGUAUCCUCCUCUGUCUGCCGAUUCUCAAGCAAAAGGUCAAUACAACAAAUUAGCACGCGAAAACAGUUCUGCCAUUCAGACUAUGCGACCAAAUUUGGCCGGUGUUGCAUGUGCUGCACCAAUGUUACGUAUCAGUCCACAAUCUCGUCCUCCACCAAUGGUUGAAAAGAUUGCUCGAUUUUUAGCAUUCUUUGCAGGACGGUUGCCAAUGUCACCAGGUGUAAAGGGAAACGUGAGUGAUGAUAUUCGAGUUGAAACUGAAUUCCAUGCAGACGCACAAACGUAUAAAGGAUGGAUUCGUAUUUCUACUGGAUUGGCUAUCUUAGCUGGCUUAUCUGAGAUUUGGCAAUUGGCACCUCAGAUCAACGUUCCUGUUUCUUUGCAUCACGGCAAGAAUGAUCGAGCGACACAUUAUGAAGGAACACAAAUGUUCUAUGACAAAAUUAGCUCAAAAGAGAAGUCAAUCCGUCUUUGGGAUGGAUAUGAACACAUUAUGAUGAAGAAGGUGAAAGGACAAAGCAAAGAAGAUGAUGAUAAACGUCAAGCCGUUUUGGACGCAAUUGUUGAUUUUUAUAAAACACAAGCACGUAAAGGUCAAUAACCAAAACCCUCUCCCUUCUACUACUAGUACUUGUAUCACCACCUAUUGUAUAAUGCACAUACAUUCAGCAUUCGUGUUUGCGAU